AUGUUCAGAACACUACUAGCAAGAAACUCGCUAGGGGCUUCGGCCAGAAGCGUUCUUCGGGCGCCCGUACCCGUAACGGGUGCAGCAGUUCCUAGGUUCGUGGGCAACCCUGUAGCGCAACCUGCGCGCAGGGCGUACCACCCAAAGGUCAUUGACCACUACACAAAUCCAAGAAACGUGGGUUCGCUUGACAAGAACCUCGAAAACGUCGGCACAGGGCUGGUGGGCGCACCUGCAUGCGGUGACGUGAUGAAGCUGCAAAUCCAAGUUAACGACGACACAGGUGUUAUUGAAAACGUUAAAUUCAAGACCUUCGGCUGCGGGUCUGCCAUUGCAUCCAGCUCGUACAUGACCGAGCUGGUACGUGGCAAGACCUUGGACGUUGCGUCGCAGAUUAAAAACACCGAGAUUGCCAAGGAGCUCAGUCUGCCUCCGGUCAAACUGCAUUGCAGCAUGCUAGCUGAGGACGCCAUUAAGGCUGCCAUCAAGGACUACAGAUCCAAGCGGAAGUCCACGGUUUUGAAAUAA